AUGACCGGCCAACAGCAGGAGAAGUGGCAGCAGGUUGCCGAUCUUAUCCAACGGUUGGGGCUGGUAUCCGGUGGCCAGGAUGAGCCGCGAACAGCCGCCCAGGUCGCGAGGAUGACUACCCGCCAACUCCUGCAGGACCCAGUGCGGGCGGCCAUCUACAACCGGGGCUGGGUGGACCGUACAACGGACAUCCAGCGGAGGUUGCGGCCACAACGACCACCAUCAACAACAACACCCGGCAGCCGCACACCGUUACUGACAAGGCCACCACCUCCAGGAACGACACCUGCCCCCGUAACACCUGCGGAGCCGGCAACGGUACCCAGGCCAACGGGGAUACUCCCCGGCCCAACGGGAAGGGUGAGGACGGAGGCGCAGCAGGCACGGAACCGCCGGAAAUUCCAACAGCUGAAGGAAAAGAGGAAGGCCAGGGAAAGCGAGGCAAGCCAACAACGUCGGCUUGCCAAGCAACCCGCGCCAACCUCAGACCCGGAAGCAGCCGGCACGCCUCCGACCAAACCAACACCGAUGGAGGUUGACAAACCGGCAUCCAAGGACGGCAAGUCCGAGGAGCCGGGACAACCCACCAGCCAGGAGUCGCCAGAACAAUCGGAGGCCACGGUAGAAGUAACCGAGGCAGAUUGGCUGGUGGCGUUCGAAGGGAUGCCGGAGUUGGACGAGAAUCAUUCUUUCUACACUCCGGUAGGGUCCCCAAAACACCCCCAAUAA